AUGGUACUUGGAGGCCUCACUCUCACUGAAUGUGUCUUUGCAUUGACGUCGGCACUGUUAGGGGUCAGGUGGUACUUGAAGCGUGGUUCUAAUCUCGACUCCAUCCCCACAGUCGGCUUUUCGGGUCCUAUCCUCUCCUAUAUCACCGCUGUACAGUACUUGUUCAAAGGCAACGAGCUCGUUCAAGAAGGAUAUGACAAGUACAAGGGUGGUCUGUUCAAGAUCGCCAUGUUGGAUCACUGGGAAGUGAUCGCUAGCGGUUCACAGACAAUCGAGGACGUCCGAAAAGCCUCUGAUUCUGUCCUGAGUUUCAUGGACGCCGUGGCGCGGACGCUUCAAGUGGAAUACACUCUAGGACCGGAAAUCCACCACAACCCCUAUCACGUCAGCAUAAUUCGCUCUCAGCUCACCCGUAACUUGGGCGCACUCUUCCCUGAUGUUCGCGAGGAAAUCGUUGCCUCAUUCAACGACAUCAUUCCGGCAAAAGAUGAAUGGGUGAAGUACCCAGCUAUGGAGACUCUCAUGAAGAUCGUCUGUCGGACAAGCAACCGCAUCUUUGUCGGAGCUCCUCAAUGUCGCGAUCCAGACUAUAACCAGUUGAAUGUAAAGUUUACCAUCGAUGUCGUCAAAGCCGCCCUGGUUAUCAAUCGGUUUCCCGACGUCCUGAAACCACUCGCAGGCCGACUUUUUACCAGCGUCCCUGGCUCCAUCAGACGUGCCAUCCGCCAUCUAGCUCCUAUUAUAGAGGACCGUCGUGCAAAACUACGUGAUCUCGGUGACGACUGGAACGAUAAGCCUAACGACAUGCUCAUGUGGUUGAUGGAAGAAGCGCGGGGCGACGAGCAAUCAACCCGGAACCUAGCUCUGCGCAUUCUCACCGUGAACUUCGCCGCCAUCCAUACCUCGUCCAUGAGCUUUACCCACGCUCUGUAUCCUCUCGCGGCCAACCCAGAAUACGCCCGUAUCCUGCGCGAGGAAGUCGAGUCCGUCGUGGCUACGGACGGCUGGACGAAGCUCGCGAUGGGCAAAAUGCACAAAGUCGACAGCUUCCUCCGAGAAUCCCAGCGGUUCGACGGGCUCGGAGUUUUGACCAUGCAACGUCACGCUCUGAAGCCCUUCACCUUCUCGAAUGGCCAGAUGGUCCCUACUGGGACGCUGCUGUCCUGCACGUCGAUGUCGGUGCACCACGAUGCCGAAAACUACACGAACGCGGACGUAUUCGACCCGUGGCGGUUUUCCGAUAUGCGCGAGGGCGAGGGCGAAGCAGCCAAGCACCAAAUGGUCUCCACCACCCCCGAAUUCCUCGCGUUCGGACACGGCAAGCACGCCUGCCCUGGUCGGUUCUUCGCUGCGAACGAGCUCAAGGCCAUGCUCGCGCACGUCGUGAUCACCUACGACGUGAGGUUCGAAGACGGCGGCGCGCCCCCGCCCAACCUCUACGUCGGCUCGGCCUGCGUCCCCGGGAAAGGACACGUCCUCUUCAGAAAGCGCCAGGUCUGA